GGACGCUAAAAGUCAGACGCCAAGUCCUCAAGAAGACCUCUCCAUCGAGGCGGAGCUAACAAGGAUUCACAACCUCCGCGAGCUUAUCUUGGAGAAGCUGUUUGAAGGGCUGGCGGAAACGGCGCAAAAGGCCGACGUCAGGGGAUCUUUGCUGACGCGGCUGGGCCUACAAGCCCUGCACCUGGUGAUCCCUGUGUCGUCGAGAAGAGAAAUGAUCCCUGCUGCGCUAAAAUCAAGAACCGACGGUGCAACUACUAUGUCCUACCUCUGGCGCCUGAUAGAAAUCCGGGCGGAAGACGAUUUCAACCAGAAACUCGAGGUCCAUCUGCACCUGUUUAGAAUUUCUGAUCCGGAACAACAAGAUACAGCAGGUACUAAUUUGAGCAGGCAACUUCUGGUGAAGAGAGCGAUAGCGAAAGUGGAGCAAGACCCGGAGACAAUCCUGUUUGUGUUUCCGAAUCUAGAGUGGGUUGUGCAGUACGCAUAUUCGCAACUGAGUGCCAAGCCCGCCCAAGAUGAACCUCCGUCGGCCACACCUACUGGACAGGAGCAGGAGAGCGCCGGCGUGCAGGACCUACAAGCAAGCCGAAGGACCGCGGGGACUUCUAGUGGCUUCUUUAUGCCACCUCAAUGUCGUGCAGAAGGAAGCGGAGGUGGACUUGCUGCUGCCCAAGAUGUUGACGCAGAUUCUCCAGACAACCCCCCAGGAUCAGGUAGAAGAUCAUCACUAUCCCUCCUCGACCAGCAUUUGUGUUGCCACACGCGCAUGCGCAGCAAGCAGUACUUGGACGAAGUGCGGCAGACGUCGCACAUAAGCGGCUCUAGCAUGACAAAUGCCGGUUUUUCCUCAACUUCUAUCGGCGUUUGCCAGUACGGAAAUCUCGCGAGCUACCGCCGGUUUGCGGUGCAGAGUCAACUAAUUUUUCAUAAUCAUCGAGGUGGGGCGCGGGAAGAACAUGUACAUGUCGAUGAAGAUUUCUACGGCGACGAUAAUUCAUCUUCAACCACCGAAAUUGAUCAUACCCCAGCUGCUGCAUCGCCCCUCCCCCGCAGGGAGCUUCUGCGCCCAGUGUUCGCGCAGGAUCCGAGAACGGUCUCCGGGCCGCAGGUCCCCGCGGACGAGUUCGUUUUUCCUAAAUUUAGGACGGACAAAAAAGCAACAAACGAAGACACUUCUACGACCGAUGGUGCGACCAGUACAUCAAAACUAACAGCGAGUGGCAUCCGUAUCGUGGAAAACCCGCUCCCAGUCCCGGAGCACUUCACCGGCGUACCAACAGACGUCGCUUCUUGGUACCGCGAAUGGACCAUUUCGACGACCGACGGCCAGAGAAAGCCGCGGGUGUUGAAUGAGUUUGAGCAGCAUUUUGGCGUAGAUUUCUACCCGAAAACAAGCUGUACGGACGCGACGCUGCUCCACCUGGUUGCGAAGGAUUUCUACGAGCCGGUGCUUUUUGCGGACAUGGGGACAAGAAUGGCGGUCAUCGAUGUCACUGCAAGAGCGGCUGAACAAAAUGAAAUCAUCGAUAAAAAUCAGGGUCGUGGAAUGAAUCGACUGAAACGCCAGUUAGCUUCGAUGGAUGAAAGAGCUGAGUUUGUCAUGCUGCAGGUCGGCAACGACGAGAACGAGCGUAAAGAGGCCGAUGGAGUUGAAGGGAUGGCGGACACCAGCGCAGGAGAUGAAGAUGCGCACGGGAAAAAGGAUGUCUUGUGGUGCACACAAGACCUGAUGUUCCGCGCCGCUAAUCUGCGACCCGGGCACGUGAUUGCGUGUAGCCGGGAAGGGCGUUUUAGACAAGUUGUGGCGGAUAAUGAUUUAUCGCAACCGAUUGCCGACUUCAUUGAAGAGGGAUUCAAUUUCAAAUCUGCAUCGGAGGCAAAAGCAACAUCUAUCUCCUCCGCUGCUCCUGCGAAUAAAAUCAUUUUACCCCGUCGAUCCUUCGUCACAGCGGCACUGUUUGUGUUAGGAACAGCAACUGAUCGUGGAACCGCAGUAGUAACCGGAACCGGAAGUUCCAAAGCGAGCGUGGAAGGAGAAGAAGAUGGAGGACCACCUCCCGCAAGAGCACGAACAGAAAGUAUGGCGCAAGCCGCACUGGAGUCCUCUAUCGGUUUCGGAGAUCAAGAUGAAGUAGUACAUGAUGUGUCUUGGCUAAUCACAGCGGUUCUGGUUUUGACGGGUUUACCGGUCCACUACCUCUACGACCACAACAGUAUGAAAGCAGUAGGAUCAGAAAAAGACGUCGAUCACCACCAGCAUCAUCAUGCGGUCAUCACCUCUGGACCUGCAGGUGCAACAAAAAACAUUGGCGCAGCCGCUCUUUGGCGCUUUCACCAGGAGCCGCUUGUUCCAUCGCCCGCUCUGGGUCGAGAUCUAAGCGUUGUUGACACGAAGAGCAGGAGCACUAGAAUCGUCGUUUUUAUUGCGAUGACAGCAGAAGCAGCACUACUAGCAGCGCCACUGAAAAGAACGAAAAACAACAGCAGGACCAACUCGUCCGCUGGCGAGGAGAUGGACUCAUCUUCGCAGGGAGAAAGCAUAAGCAGCCAACGUGUUUUUUCCACGACCUUUGCCUCCCAGUUUUCUCUCCUUCUUGAGUUUCUCGCAUUACAAACUUGCCUACCGCAUGAGGUGGUCUUAUGGGAAGACACAAUCUACAACUUGGAGGGAGCCAAGAGCUUGGGUGAAGCUCCUGCCCGACAUCGCCGCCGGGGAGGAAAAGAGGACGCGAGACCGACCCAAGAACGUCGAGAACCGACGUCUUCCUUCUACUUCUACCAGCGGAUUGAGUUCCAAAACACCGUACCAAUGCUGGUGCUGCAGAAAAGCUCCUCCGGUCGUGAAGAAGAUAGUCCUCCGGGGAACAAUGCAGAUCAACUGGGAAGAUCCAAUUCAUCAUCCAAUUUGUCCUUUCCUGGUAAAACAGCAAACGCAUCAAGUGGAACUACUGAUGAAACACGUGUAGAAACCGCGAAGCUAAAUCGUCUAAACUCGGAGUUUUUGCCGAACUUGCUGGAGAAAAUGAAAUCAAAAGACGGCAUUUGGGUGCGAGUGGAAAGAGAAAAACAGCAGAAAGUUGCGUCUUCAUUCUCCACCGCACAAGCUGUGUCUCAGCGCAGUGAAGAAGUACAGGAAGGGGGUUUUCUUUUGCGAAUCGCGAAAAGAGAGCAGCAUCGUGCGCAGGCCCCAUCGCCAGCAGAUACGACGACGUUCUCCGCAGCUCCUGAGGUUAAAAAUGUUUCAUCAGAUGGACAAGAUGAGGCCACGGCGUCCACGAAGAUACAUGCAACCGUGAAAUCUCGAAUGUCGGAUUCGUUAAAAGCAGCGCAACAACUGGAACCGGAGGUGCAGACGAUUCUGCAUUUUUUCUCGCAAGACAGAUUUUACAACCAACUUUUGGUAGAGAUUUCAACAAAGUGCCUGUUAUUAUCAGCAGCUUCGAGGGAGAGUCUGACCAGUUAUUGUGGUCAACCCGUGAAUGAAAGAACCGGAGAACUAAUCGACUUUUCCAUUCGCAGUGGCGGCAUUAGAAAUUCUGCGCGAUAUUAUUGUCUUUCUCUGAUGACGAA